UACGCAUGCGCAUUAUUUUUUCACGAAUGAGUGAUGUUUUGACUUUUAUUUCUGGUUUCAGUUUUCAAAACAAUAUUCAGUUAUUUUGGAAACAAUGCGAAGGUUAUAAAAAUCAACUUACGUAAAUUUUUUCUUACCUCCUUGGUAUUGUUUCUAUCGUAUUCUGCCGAUUUGUCAAAUACAUUACAGUUUUUACCUUGAAGUUGAUUCGUAGUGGAGCUUGAAUUUAUUUUGAGAUUGAUUAAUGUCUGUGUUUUAUUCAGAGCAGACGGGAAUGUUAUGUUUAAGUGUCGGGAUAAACAUUAUAAUAAGCAAAUUUUGUUCUGAUAAUUUAAUUUAGUUUCACGUGAAAAUAACAUUUAAUAAUGGCUGUCACUCUCUUACAUUUCAAUGACUGUUAUAAUGUUGAAAGUCAAAAUUAUGAACCAGUUGGAGGAGCUUCUAGAUUUUGUUCUGCAUUGAAAAGCUUCAGCUCAUUAGACCCCUUAAUUUUAUUUAGUGGGGAUAUCUUUGCUCCAUCAAUUAUGAGCACAUUUACUAAAGGAGAGCAAAUGAUUCCUGUUCUAAAUUCUUUUGGAGUUCACUGUGCUGUAUUUGGAAACCAUGAUUUUGAUUUUGGAGUUGACUUACUUGCUGAUUUUGCAAAACGCACAACAUUCCCAUGGUUGAUAAGUAAUGUUAUAGAUAAUGAGACAGGAAGACCUUUAGCAGAUGGUUUGGUGACUCAUGUCUUAGAAAGAAAGGGAAAAAAAUUUGGUAUUAUUGGGCUUGUGGAAGAAGAAUGGUUAGCAACAUUAGCCACCAUUGAAGCUGAUGAAGUGACUUAUUUUGAUUUUGUAGAAAAGGGAGAAAAGUUAGCAAAAGAACUGAGAGAAAAGGAUGGUGUUGAUUGUGUCAUUGCCUUGACUCAUAUGAGAACUCCCAAUGACAUCCGUCUAGCUGAAAAUGUGGAAGGGAUAGAUCUGAUUUUAGGUGGACAUGACCAUGUCUAUGAAAUUCAAAAAGUUAACAAUAAAUACAUCAUAAAAAGUGGGACAGAUUUUCAGCAUUUUUCAAAAAUUACUCUUCAUUUCAAUUGUGACCAGGUAGAUGUUAGCAUUGAAAAGCAAGCAGUUACCUCUGAUUACACCCCUGAUCCAAAUCUUGAACAAGAAUUGUUAAAGUAUAAAGGUGUGGUAGAAGGUAAAAUGGAUGAAAUACUUUGUGAAUUUUCUGUGGACUUAGAUGGACGAUUUUCAAGCAUUCGAACUCAAGAAACAAAUCUCGGCAACUUUGUUUGUGAUAUCAUGUUAUCUGCAACACAUUCUGAUGUGGCUAUUCUAAAUUCUGGAACUUUAAGAUCUGAUAGAAUUCAUCCUAAGGGACCUUUUACAAUGAGGGAUUUAGUUACUAUUUUACCUAUGAUGGACUCCUUAUUAGUGAUCAGUGUUUCUGGGGAGCAGCUAUAUAGAGCAUUAGAAAAUGGUGUGUCUCAGUAUCCAAAACUAGAAGGUAGGUUUCCGCAAGUCUCAGGGAUACGCUUUGCCUUUGAUCCUUCGAAACCUCCUCAUCACAGAAUUGAUUCAAGAUUCAUUAAAAUUGGUGAUGAAUACUUGGACUUAGGACAGCAUUAUAGAUUAGUCACGAAAUCAUAUUUAUGCCAAGGGAGAGAUGGAUAUGAUUGUCUUAAGAAUUGCAAAACAUUAAUGACCGAAGAAGAAUGUCCUGAACUCUGUACAAUUGUGCAAAACCAUUUUCAUGCUAUAAAAGUACUUACUGGAGCUGUACAACAUCAAACAAAUCACCGUCAAAGUCUAAUAUGUUUAUCUAGAAGGCAUAGUGCAGUCAAAAUGUUGGAAGAGGUAGGACGGUUCCAAGUGCAUAAAGUAAAUGAUCAGCAUAAUGAGCAAAUAGUACUUCCUAUUAUAGAAGAAGUUGAAAUGAAACAGUGUCAGCUAAGACCUAAAGUUGAAGGCAGAAUUGUUGUAAUGACUGAAGAGAUUCGAUUGCAGCUUGAAAAAGAAAGAAGUGACCAUUGCAUCUGCAAUAUAAAAGUUCUAUGUGAAUCAGAUGGAGAUAUCUGUGAUAAAUUGCUUGAUUUAAAAAUAUGAAAUUGUGAAUUAUAAAGCAAACAAAUAUUUUUUAAAGAAUCUUAUGAUGAUUAUUCAUACACGUGUUAAAAACAUAAGCCCAUAUUAUGAUCGAUAACACUUUUUGCUGUAAUUAAAUAUAUUAUGAUGCUCUUUUCUUGUUAUUUGUUAAAUUCUAUUAAUUAUUGAAAUUUUACGAUGAAUCUCUAUGUCUGCUUAUGGUGGCCUUACUUAUAAGCAUGCUUUUUAAUGAAUUACUAUUUGUUUAUUUUAAUGUUUAUGUUAGUGAAGUAUAUAAGCAUUUGUUUUUAUUAGUUGUUUGAGUAGUUGUGUUUUUAUUGUUUUAAUAUAUUGAAAUAUCUGUAGAACAAUCGGUGUUAUGGUGUUUUUAACUUUGAUAUUUUAAUUGCUUUAAAAUCAAUAUUCUUAAAAGAUAGCAUAGAAUAGCUAUCAAAAUUUACCUCUAUAUCUUUACUGUGAUAUUUAUAUUGUGGUUAACUUAUUUCAAAAUUUGUUGUUUAAGUAUUAGUAUUACGUUGACAUUUCUUUGAUUGUUUAUAAUUAAGGUAGUGCAUUUAUCAAAUACUACUAAGCCCAUACUAAUUACUUUACCAUCACCUAGGAAAAUUCUAAAAAUCAGUGUUUCCUUCGAGCAACCCAGUACAGUUUAGCUGAGUUAAAAAAAUCUGCAGUUCAAUUCACUGUAGGACAAGUAUUUGUCCUACAGUGCCGAACAUGAUAAAAGAUUGUCAAAAUCUGUAUGGCUUCUCUCUGAACGUGGAGGAAGGGGGGACACUGAUUUGGUGGUACGAACAUAGAUAUUAGUUUUGAAGUUCAAUCCUCGUUUUUAAAUUUCACUCUUUAAAAAUUAAUGAAAAAGUGAAAUUACUCUAAUAUAUUUUUUUAGUAACAUAGACUGAAAAGGAAAAAUAAAAACUUUUCAUGUUAAUGUGACAAGAAUAAACUUAAAAAUUUAUUUCAAUCUGUUUCAAAGCAUUGGGCAGAAUUAGAAGGAAGUUCUUAAAAUACUUUUUCUAUGUAAAUUUAAAUUUUUUUGUGGACUUGGCUGAAUUUCGUACUAAUGUUUCAAAUAAUGAAAGAUUGUAUAAUGUUUCUGGGAAUAUUGUAUUUCAGCGAGUGUAAUUUCUACUUCCCAUUUGUGACUGAAUAUUUAGGGCUAGGGAGUAAGUUUUUUGUACGUUAAAUUUCUAAUGAUUUAAUUUUCAUAUAUUUGUUAGUAAUUUAAUGACAUGUGAUAACAUAAUGAUAUGUGAUUGACACUUGAAAUCUAAUAUCAGUGUGUUUUUUUAGCAAUAAACUUGUACAGUUUUUCAUUUUCUACAUUCUUUAAUGGUUUUGGUCACCUAAAAGUUCUUAAUGGUAGCAUUUUGAAAAUUAUUUACAUUUUUCGUGAAAAUAGUAGCAAGCAAAAAUUUUAGUCUAGUUAGUGCUUUAGAAUUUCACUGCCCUGUUGCUGUAUAUAUAUUUUUUAAAAAUAUUUUAGAUCUAAUAUUUUACUGAAACUUUUAGAAGUCUAAAAGUAAAUUUAUGAAUAUAAAUGAGUGAUGAUAAAACUAUUAUAUAUUUUGUUUAGUCACCAGUUUUGCCUUUGUAGAAUUAUGAAGUGUACUUAAAAAUAUUUAGAAUGUUUUUAAUACAUAAAGCUUAGUGAUAUUAAUAGUGCUCAAGGAUUGUUUAUUAAGUUUUGUCUGUGAAUGUUUGAUGUUGUUGUAAUGACUUAACUCCGUAAAUUUAUUUACAAUAUAUAGAUCUUCAUAUUUUUUUCUUGUAUUAGAGUCUGUUUGUUGACAGAAAAGAUUUUAUUAUUUAUUUUGCUAAUUUUUAUUUUAUUUUAUAUGGGUCCACUAGUCAACGUCUAAAACAAUAUUUAUUACUUAAAUAUAUUAUUUUUUGGGGGGUGGGGUGAAGGAGAGUGGUAUUGUAAGAACAAAUAUGUAUCAUUAAUACACUCCAAUUAAUAUUCUGUUAGUAAAUAAUUAAUUACAGUUCUUGAACUUAGGGAGUACCCCUGUCUUCCAAGCUGGGUUAAAAACUACAAGUU